GGUCGCAUCAUGAAACAACUGUUGGUCUUACUGUUACAUUUUUCUAGUACGCUCGCCGUGCUGAAAUUUGCGUCAUACUAUGCUGACCACAUGGUGCUUCAAAGAGGGCCCCAGAGGGCGAUAGUCUGGGGCCAUGCUGCAACAAUUGGCGACGAGGUUACUGUCAAGGUCAGUGGCAAAGGAGAGGUCAAAGUCAAGGUUGUGAAGGAUCCUAAUGGAAAUGAGGGAUUAUGGAAGGCUAAACUGCCAGCUGUCACUGACCCUGGUCCUUUCACCUUGACAGCGUCCUCGUCAGAAGGGGACUUAACUCUAACUGACGUCAUGUUUGGUGACGUAUGGGUGUGCUCUGGACAAAGUAACAUGGAGAUGCCAAUGAGUCAGGUCAUAAACUCAUCUGCAGAAAUAGCAGAGUCUCUUAAGUUCAAAACUAUAAGAAUUAUUAAAGCGUCAAUGGUGGAAUCACCCACUCCCUUGGAAGACUUGCAAAGUUUGGCCUUCCAGUGGACAGACCCAAAUGAAGCUGAUGUGUCUCGUUUCUCGGCUCUGUGCAUGCUGUUUGGGGAAUAUAUUCAGCCCAAUAGGAACUAUCCCCUUGGACUAAUAGACUCGACAUAUGGAGGGACGCCAAUUGAAGCCUGGUCUUCUCCGGACGCCAUCGCAGAGUGUCCCACGCCGAAUAAUACAUAUCUUAGCGAGGAGGAAUACUUAAACCCGGACAUCAUAUAUGACGGGAGUAAUGGUCCAGUAAUGCCAAGAUCCCCACUUGACAAGUACGUAUUGUGGAAUGCCAUGAUCAACCCAUUUCUCGACAUGACGAUAUUUGGUGCAUUAUGGUAUCAAGGGGAGUCAAAUGUCUGGUACCCAGAUUUAUACGCAUGUCAGUUUCCUGCAAUGAUAAAUGACUGGAGAAAGAAAUUUCAUGAAAGCUCUGAAAAAGAGACGGAUGUCCAAUUUCCUUUUGGAUUUGUCCAGCUUGCUCCAAAUGCCAAAUCGUCGGAGGUUGGAGAUUUUCCCGCAAUAAGAUGGUCUCAAACUGCUAAGUUCGGAUUUGCUCCAAACGAAAAGAUGUCUAAAACCUUCAUGGCUGUAGCCAUGGACCUUCCUGACUAUGACUCCCCAUUUGGAUCAAUCCAUCCACGGUAUAAGCAGGAUAUCGCCUCCCGUCUGGUGCUCGGAGCACGGUCGGUGGCUUAUGGAGAAGAAGGGGUAAAGUUUCAGGGUCCUCUGCCUCAAACAUUCAGCCUUAACAACGUCAACAACAUCCUCAACGUGAACUACGGAGACAACAGUCCUAUAAAGGUUCUUAACAACAACGGCUUUGAGGUCUGCUGUUCCAGCACGAGUACAACCGAAUGCGCAGACUCAGAUGAGUGGGUGGCUGCACCAAUCACAGACCAGGACACAAACUCUGCAUCGUUGUCAGUAGCUGGCUGUGAGAGCAAGUCGCCAGUUGGUCUCCGAUAUGAAUGGCGCACAAGUCCCUGUGAUCUCAGGGACUGUGCCAUAUAUGGAAGUGAUACCGAUUUGCCAGCCCCGCCCUACAUUACGACGAGAGGGUUUUAGACUUUUCUUAUAAUUCUAUUGCAAUCUUCCUAAUAUGGUUUCGGAAUAAAUCGUUUUCCAAAGUACAAAA